CGGUUACUGCUCAUCUUACACUAUAGUUCUAAAACAUGUUGAAAAUCUUAAAACUUGGUUUGUGUUAGUGACAAUUGAGAGGUGAACUGCAAAAAUCUAUCUAAUACUCUCUAUUGUAGAAGAUACUAUAGACUAGACAAAAUGUCAUUUUUUUCUAAGAAAUCUUAAAUAAUUGAAGUUAUGUGAAAGGGGAAGAUAAGGAACCUCGUUUUAGUUAAAAGCAGAGGCUCAAGAAUACCAUUCUGAUGAUUUUGAACAGGUAUACAGAUCACUACCUGCAAAUGCGCAGACAUUUCACCGAGGCUGGUAUGUGAUGCUGAUCUAUUACUUUUUCUUGUGUCCCUUUACUGAACUGGUUUUGUAUGUAGCUUUUUUCAUGAGAAAACAUGAUUGUUGAUUUAGUUUUAUUUUUGUUGUUAUUAUUGCCCGCUGAAGGAAACUGUUUCCUUGUCUCUGCGAAAGGAUUUAUCCAGGCAUGUUACAAGAAUUCCUUUGAUAUUCUUAGUGCAUAAUUGUACGAGUUGUGCUAAUUUACUUUGCAUUUUGACAGAGACACUGAUAAUGCUUUUGAAGCAGUGAAUAAGGUCAUUGCAUUGGCAAGUCAUUGAACCAUCUUAUAGUUGCAGAGGUUUGAUCUCUUUGAAAGUGGUGGACCCGACCCCAGAAGGAGCCAAAUGUCGAUGCAGUGAGAUGAUAUUACUAACAAGGGUUUAACAUCAACAGUAGAGAGAGUUGACAAUUCUUCUGCAAUGUUGUUAUGCUCAUCGGAAUCUGUCUGGGAAAGGAAUUUGGGACCUCUGGUGUUGCUUGCCGGUGCUGAAAAACUUUGAUGCAAUUGUAACUACUACCUUUUGCUUUUGCUUAGAUCAUUCUCUCAAACUCUCAAGUCUUUAGACAGAAGAUGAUAUUUACUAAUGCUAUGACUUUUGCUUCUAAUAAUUUAUGUUACUUUAUAGAAAGUAGUAGAAGAAACAAUAAACACUAGGAAAUAAUCCAGCAAAAUGGUCAAAUAAAUUAGACUGUAUCUUCUUGAACAUUAAGUAGCUUAGCUCUCUCUUUCACCGACUAUAAUAAUAAAGUAAAAUGCUAAUUUGGAGAGAAUAAGAAUUAGACACGCGUCAUCUCUAGCAAUAGAAUAAAAAUAAAGCAAAAGUUAACAAGACACGUGUCAUUGUGUCUGUGUCUGUAUCUGUAUCAGUCAAAUAUAAGAAGAAAAAAAAAGAAGUGCAAGAAAAAGAGAGAGAGAGAACAGUUCUCCAAGAUAACAGAUUUAGAUACAGAGUUCAAAACUUGAAACUUUGUUCUUUCUCAGAGGAUCAGUAAUAUAUAUUAUAUAUAGGACUCCAUUAUAUAUAUAUAUAUAGUAAUAAAGACAUAGAAAUGGCAGAUUCAGAUUCAAAGGUGGUGGGGAGGACCCAGAAGAGGAUUCUGGGUAUAGGUUACUGGGUGCAGGGAUUCAGGUGCUUGCCAUGGAUGGCAGUGAUUUUCUUCCUCAAGGAUGGGGUUGGAGUGGAUCCCUCCACCAUUCAGCUCCUUCUCAGCUCUGCCAACCUUCCCAUGGUCGCCAAGCCUCUCUAUGGCGUCCUCUCCGAUGCCCUCUACCUCUCUGGCCAGCAUCGUAUUCCGUACAUCGCCUUCGGAGCUUUCUUACAAGCACUGUCAUGGCUGGCAUUAGCAAUUAUCUCUCCCUCAAGCAUUUCAAUAACCACCAUGGCCUUAUAUCUCCUACUCAGUAAUCUUGGGGCUUCAAUAGCUGAGGUUGCGAAUGAUGCCAUUGUUGCAGAGGUAGGCAAACAGCAGCAGCCUACUUCCUCCAAAACAUCUCAGCCAUCUCCAUCACCAGCCUCCUCCUCCUCCUCCUCCUCAGGUGAGCUCCAAUCAUUUGUAUGGAUAGCUUCAUCCGCCGGAGGAGUCUUAGGAAAUCUCCUGGGCGGUCUCAUCAUCAACCGGGUGUCCCCUCAGAAGAUGUUCCUCCUUUUUGGCCUUCUGGCAUCUCUCCAACUCUUUGUCACCAUCAUGGUCAGGGAGAGCUCACUCAACCUUCCCAAGAGGGCAUCUGACAGUGGGGUUAGGAAGCAGCUUUCGCAGCUAACAAUCGCCUUGAGAAAGCCAGCAAUUGCACGGUCAAUCACAUGGUUUGCACUAUCUUAUGCAGUGAUUCCUGCACUGACAGGCACAAUGUUCUUUUAUCAAACAGAACAUCUGAAGAUUGACUCUUCAGUGUUGGGAAUCUCCAAGGUGUUCGGGCAGGUGGCCAUGCUUUUAUGGAGCAUAGUCUACAACGGCUCCCUGAAGCGGAUGGCAUCAUCCAGGACAAUAAUAGCAGGACUUCAGGUGGCGAUGGCGUUGUUCAUGUUAUCAGAUGUGCUGUUUGUAAAAGGAGUGUACCGAAGCAUUGGAGUCCCGGAUGGGGUGUAUGUAGUAAUAUUCUCAGGGCUUUUGGAGGUUCUCUUCUUCUUCAAGAUACUGCCGUUCAGCGUGGUGAUAGCGAGGCUGUGCCCUGCAGGCUGCGAGGGGUCUCUGAUGGCGCUGGUGAUGUCGGCUGUAGCGCUGGCGAUGAUAGUGAGUGGCUAUCUUGGAGUUGCGCUUGCAGCCUAUGUUGGGGUGACCCCUGCUAAUGAGUUCUCAGGCUUGCCGAAAGCCAUUGCAAUACAGGCGGUUUGUACCCUUGUCCCACUGUUCUGGUCAUCUUGUAUCCCAGAGGAUGAGCUUGAGAAAUCUUCAUCUUCUUCCAGGACCAAAAGUGAAUAGAGUAGCUAGCUGACAUUCAUUCUUGAUUAUAUUGAAUGUGGAUUUAUUGCUGCUACAGCUUUUCAGAUUCUUCUGUAUUUUUCAUAUUGGUUGAUAUUCAUCAUCCAUUUAUUUUAUUCCUUGAACUAAAUCUAUUUGUUGUAUUGUAUAGUCUAUGUAUGUACAUAUAUAUUGAACAUUAAGAGGACAUUAAUUAAUGAACGCAUGUAUUUUAUUGAUUCA